CUCGGGUAGCCCGUCGCUUCCUCAACGCCGGUCCACUCGAGCCUCCUACGGGAGUCGAGUUUCGGCUCGUCCGCGACUGCCCGGCGGGAGGUCGACCGCGGCGGUGUGGCAAGGCAGUGAAGCAGCAGGAGGAGAGAGACACACAGAUGCCUCGCUUUAGAGGUCGCGGGUUCAAAUCCGGGCGACGGGCUUCCUGUGUGGAGUUUGCAUGUUCUCCGCUUGCCUGCGUGGGUUUUCUCCAGGGACUCCGGUUUCCUCCCACAUUCGAAAAACAUGCAUGGUGGAUCCGUCUUCCUCUUGGCAGUCUGAAGUCCUCCCUUUGGCUCCGUGCUCCUCAGAGGAGUAUGCUCCGGAAGUACUUCCCUCCGCCACAUCCAGAGGUCAAAAUGGCGGCUCACUGUGUGUGAAGGAGACCAAGAAGGAAGCCGGCUUUUUAUCACCAAAGAACAUGUACAAAACACAAUGUAGUCGUCUAACAGGUUUGUUCGCUGUGAGCAUUCAGCAGAAACUGGUGGGAUGUGGUCCCCGAUGCAAGCAGAUGGCCCGUGGCCUUGUUCUGCUGCACAGGAGCGAUCCUACAUGCUGGAUGACUUAUCAGCACCUUAACUUCCUCAAACGCCAGUAUGUGUCAAAGAAUCUGGGUGCACUUCACCAGCGCGCCAUUCCCAAGCAGGCGCCAGUGCUUGCGGACGCAGAAGAGAGCAACGGCGAUGAGAGGCAGGUCCAAAGAAUCCCGACCGUCGAUCCUGCGGUGGAGGAAUUUUCCACCUCAGUAAUGUCUCAGGAAACAGCCAGCUCUGUGACGGUGUCAGACGAGACACCGCAUGUGCAGGUGGAGACGGACGAGGCUCGGGAGGCACGUCUGGACCGACAGUGGAAGGAGCUGAAGGUGGAAGCGGCUGACUUACCCGACAUCUACGCCCGACUCGCCAAAAUCAAACUCACGGCACUCGUGGUCACGACGACGGCGGCCGGUUAUGCUAUGGCGCCGGUGCCCUUUGAUCCUGUCAUCUUCUUGGCGGCAUGUCUGGGUACUGGACUCGCCUCCAGUGCUGCCAAUUCCAUUAACCAGUACUUUGAGGUGCCCUUUGACUCCAACAUGAACCGUACGAAGAACCGUCCACUUGUCCGAGGACAGAUCAGCCCCCUCCACGCUGUCGCCUUUGCCGUGGCGUGCGGCGUACCCGGCGUGCUGCUGCUGACGUACUCAGUCAACCCGCUGACGGGCUUCCUGGGCGCACUCAACAUCUUGCUGUACACGUGUUGCUACACGCCGCUCAAGAGGCUCACCAUCGCCAACACGUGGGCCGGUGCCGUGGUGGGCGCCAUACCACCUGUCAUGGGCUGGACAGCCGCCACGGGCUGCCUGGACCCAGGUGGUCUGUUGCUGGGUGGCUUCCUUUAUAGCUGGCAGUUCCCGCACUUCAAUGCCCUUAGCUGGAACCUGAGAGAGGACUAUUCGCGCGGCGGCUACCGCAUGAUGUCGGUUACGCACCCAGCGAUGUGUCAGCGCGUGGCCCUGCGCCACAGCGUGGCACUGGGUGGCCUGGCAGCAGCAGCGCCGGUACUCGGGGUCACCACAUGGACCUUCCCCCUUGUGUCACUGCCCAUCAACGCAUACAUUACCCUGCUGGCCUUCCGAUUCUACCGGCGGGGUGACCGCGCCAGCGCCCGCAAGCUUUUCUUCUGCAGCCUUUGGCACCUUCCCAUGCUGUUGCUGCUCGCGCUCACGUGCAAGAAGCCUCGCGAUGACGACGACGCUAGCACGAGCUAACACAGUCGUGUGCGACGGACACAUUGUUUUUGCACAAAAUCAUUUUUAUGGCACCAGUCUGUACUGUAAAUAUGUAUUUAUAAGAGGGCCCAUCACUACCUCUCUUGUAAGGCAGCGCACAUCAAAGGUAGUCCAUCUUGAAACCUUUCUAAACUGUACAUGAAAUGUUUAACAUUUAAUCAUGAUUAACAGGAAUUUAAUCAGCUUAAUAUGUUCAUUUAAAAAAAUAAAUAAAUAAAACCACUCAUGUUAAACAUGAAAA